AUGGGCGUUACUACGUCAUCGUCAGCUCGUUCGCCGCUGGUCAAGACGUUGUCAGGGCCAGUUCGUGGACGACAGUACACUCUAAGUGAUGGACGUACUGUUGACAUGUAUAUGGGUAUACCGUAUGCUGAACCACCCAUUGGAAAACUGAGGUUUAAGAAACCGCAACCAAUCAAAUCGUGGACAGAGGAAUUGAAUUGCGUUGAAUUUGGACCACGAUGUCCUCAAAGAGACGAGUACUUUGCUCAAAAGGAAGAUAACUGCUUAACACUUAACGUCUUCACUCCAAGAUGGCGGUACGACACUGUGGGUUCUUCAUGUUUUAUUCUCUUCAUGAAUCUCUGCGUAAAAGAUGUCGUGGUCGUCUCAGUCAACUAUCGUCUCGGUCCCUUCGGCUUCUUCACCACAGGCGACCAUGUUUGUCGAGGAAAUAUGGGAUUAUGGGAUCAGACACUAGCAUUACAUUGGAUACACGACAAUGUAGCGUCAUUUGGUGGUGAUCCAGAAAAUGUGACCUUAUUCGGACAGAGUGCAGGUGGUGCGAGCGCCGAUUUACUUGCAAUCAGUCCUCAUUCAAGAGGUUGGCAAAUUUUAUACGUACUUCUCUUCUACAUCAUUUCAGAUCUUUUUCACAGAUUGAUUCCAAUGGCCGGCUGCGGUGAAUGCGAAUUCGCAAUGCGCACCAACAAAUCGCAAGCGAAGCUUUGUCGUGAAUUUGCCAGAUUUAUCGGAUGGACUGGUGAUGGUAAAAAGAUUUCUUUAUUGGAAAACAAAAAUUCCUUCGGAGGUUUUCAUUCAUCACAAUCGGGAAAUUUAUUGUUCGUUCCCAAUUUUGAUGGUGAUUUCUUCCCAAAACCUAUGGAUGAGCUGAGACGUGAAAGUCCACGAAAACAGAUCAUGCUCGGCACUACGCAACAUGAAGGCCUUUUUUUCGGAUUUAAAAAAUUUUGCAGAAACAUAGUGCGUGAAUGUGACUAUGGCAGUGAUACAGAAAGUGUUCAAAGGGAAAUUUACGAUUUUUACUUGAAAGACGUUAACCCCAAGGAUAAGAAGAAGGUUAGCGAACGGUUCGUCCAGCUAUUGGGUGAUUAUGCCAUAACCGCUGGUGUAAUGCGAUACGUUCAAAAGAUGACAGAAUAUGGUAACGAGGUGUACUUUUACUGUUUUGAGUAUUACAAUCCCGAUGGAUUCGGAAUUUUUCGAUUUCUGCUCCCAUUCAAAGGAGCUACACAUUGCUCUGAAGUACGGUAUAUUCUCGGCAAAGGCGUUUUCUCCAAAUUUAAACCAAGUAAUAACGAUCUGAAGAUGCUUGACAUGAUGACAGAUUUCUUCACAAAUUUUGCUAAAAAUGGGAAUCCCAACGUUGGUCGAUCGUGCUCCAACAACAAAAUAAAAUGGGAGCCGUACGAUGUCACGAAGCCGUAUCGGCACCUACUCAUUCAGCUACCAGCGCCGACAAUGGCUGACGAUUAUCAAGGACGGCGUGCAAAAUUCUGGGAACAAAUCACUCUUAGGAAUCGGACGAAAGCACAACUCUAG